AUGGCUGGCCAUGAAGGCGGCGGUGCCGAUUUAACCUCUACUACGAUCAAUACUGAUUUUGUUCGCUGGACGAUCGUCAGAGAAACAAUCAGGACCUAUGCUUCGAAGCUCCAUGAACUUAUAGUGCAGAUAGCCAGCAAGCUCGCAGGGAGUUUGGGCUUGGUUGGCUACUCAUUCGAAGAUUGGCCCAGUCAAUUCAGGAUCAACAAAUACCACUUCGCUGAGGAAACUGUUGGUUCUUCCGGCGUCCAGAUACACACGGAUUCAGGGUUCCUCACCGUUCUCCAAGAAGAUGAAUCCGUCGGCGGGCUCGAAGUGAUGACCGAGUCAGGUUCGUUCAUACCUGUCAAUCCAGUUCCUGGAUCCUUUCUUGUCAACCUCGGGGAUGUCGCGAAGGCCUGGAGCAAUGGUAGACUACACAACGUGAAGCACAGAGUGCAGUGCAAGAAAGCGGCACAGAGAUUUUCUAUAGCGUUGUUCCUGCUAGCGCCAAAGAACGACAUAGUUGAGCCUCCGCCAGCGCUUGUGGAUUCUGAACACCCAAGGCUCUACAAAACCUUCACCUACCAUGAAUACCGAAAGCUACGUUUUUCCUCAGGGUCACACGCUGGUGAAGCACUCUCCUCUCUAGCUCAACACCCUGCUAAUGUUGAAGCCUAAUAUGUGAAGGGUUUUACCCAAAAAAACUUAGAUGUAACUGAUUAAGACAUCGAUCUAUGGAUCGAUAAUAAGGGUUGAGUUAGAGUAAUUUGGCUACAUUUCUGUGCAAUAUGAUUUUUCAUUAGUGUACCCUGCAUACAGACGUGCUUUUUUGAACUCCUAAGUAAUACUGCAGCCUCAUAUAUGGAA